AUGGGUUCCACAUGGUCAUUGCUAAAGACCCUGAUAGUACCAGCAAUCAUUUCACUCAUUCUCUAUCUACUCAUAUCCUUCGUCAUUGUCCCAGUAUGGAAACGAUAUCGAGCUCGGGCUGGUCAAUACAUCCCAUUAGAUAGCAUUUCUACACGAACCACAUCUCUACGACAACGAGCCCAAGCGACAGUAGUUAAUCUCAUAUUUCCUUCCUCAUGGAGAGCGGACUUCAAUCGAAAUCGAAUAAGCGCACAUGAUAGUAGCGAUUUUGAUGAUGUCGAUGGAGAGGAGCUCUUCGAUGUGGACGAUAAUCGACGAGAGGCAUUAUCACUGGAUGCAAGACGAGGCAGAGAUGAAGAUGGCAGAAGAUUAAGUCGAGAUUUAGAAGAAGGAUUUAAGGAUGACAGUAGCGAUGAAGAGGAUGGAACGGAUGGACGUCUAAGCCGAACAAUUUCACGAUGA